AUGCCGGCGUUAAUCUUGAGAGCCCAGACUUCUGCUUUGCUCAGGUUUUCUGGCAUCUGUCGACAACGGACAGUGUCUACUUGUAUUCACCAGGUCGUAAGGUGCGCCAGUCAUAAUGUUCGCCUGUCCGCCAUGACGACGUUGAGGACGCAGAAGCGACCCAUCUCUCGCAAUAUCUUUAUUCAAACAGAGAAUACUCCGAACCCAGAUGCCCUUAAAUUCCUUCCGAACCAUCCGAUCCUUCCACUGAACCUUUCGUCCCCAUUCCUCGAGUAUCUCAACCCGCGAGAUACUUUAGCGCCGCCUCAUCCGUCUCCAUUGGCCGCACAGUUACUUAGCGUCGAUGGUGUCAUCUCAGUAUUCUAUGGUGCGGAUUUUAUCACAAUCACCAAAGCUACAGACGCCCAGUGGAAUCAUAUCAAAGCCGAGGUAUUUAGUCUCAUUACUGAGGCGGUGAGCUCAGGAGCACCAAUUGUUAACACGGUUAGCAAGUCUAAUAGUGAUGGGAGCCCAGAUAAUGCCUCAGUGGAUAGCUUGAGCUAUGAUGAAAAUGAUAGUGAGGCUAUCGGCAUGAUAAAAGAACUUUUGGAGACACGGAUCCGGCCAGCAAUCCAGGAAGAUGGUGGGGAUAUAGAGUUCCGUGGAUUUGUCGAUGGCAUGGUUCUUUUGAAAUUACGAGGGGCUUGUCGAACGUGUGAGUCAAGUGCAGUUACCCUCAAGAACGGCAUUGAAGGCAUGCUUAUGCACUAUGUAAAAGUCAAGGGUGUCACACAAGUACUUGAUCCUGAAGAAGAGGUAGCCCAACGGGAAUUCCUAAAGUUUGAGGAAAAGCUGAAGCAACAAAAAGAGACUGAUACUGUAUGA